GGGGUCCGUGGUGACGUCACCUGGAAGGCCCGCCCCGGUUGGAGGGAAUUUAGAAGUGACGCGGAGGUUCCGGGAAGGAGGCGGAGUCUAGUUUCCCUGGUGACGAGUUGCCCGAUGGUCGCCUAGCAACGGGAGGCGGCGGUCCUGGCGGCCGCUGCGCGGGCGGCGGAGGCCGGAGCCCUCGCCGGAGUCUCUCUGUCUGUCCUGCGAUGGCUGCCGCCGCCGCGGUGGUCACGCCGUCGGGCCUGGAGGACGGGGUAUCUCGGCCUCGCGGCGAAGGGGCCGGAGAGGUGGCCGUGGAGCGCGGGCCCGGCGCGGCCUACCACAUGUUCGUGGUGAUGGAGGACCUUCUGGAGAAGCUGAAGCUGCUCCGCUAUGAGGAGGAAGUCCUGCGGAAGGACAGCCUGAAGCCCCCGUCCAGACACUACUUCGCACUGCCUACCAACCCUGGUGAGCAGUUCUACAUGUUUUGCACCCUUGCUGCUUGGUUGAUUAAUAAAGCAGGACGUCUCUUUGAGCAGCCCCAAGAAUACGAUGAUCCUAAUGCAACAAUAUCUAACAUAUUAUCAGAGCUUCGGUCAUUUGGAAGAACUGCAGAUUUUCCUCCUUCAAAAUUAAAGUCUGGUUAUGGAGAGCAUGUAUGCUAUGUUCUUGAUUGUUUAGCCGAAGAAGCAUUAAAAUAUACUGGUUUCACCUGGAAAAGGCCAACGUACCCAGUAGAAGAAUUAGAAGAUGAAACUGUUCCAGAAGAUGAUGCAGAAUUAACAUUAAAUAAGGUGGAUGAGGACUUUGUGGAAGAAGAGACAGACAAUGAAGAAAACUUUAUUGAUCUCAAUGUUUUAAAGGCCCAGACUUAUCGCUUGGAUGUGAACGAGUCUGCCAAACAAGAAGAUAUUUUGGAACCCACAACAGAUGCUGCAGAAUGGAGUCUAGAAGUGGAACGUGUUCUACCACAACUGAAAGUCACCGUCAGGACUGACAAUAAGGAUUGGAGAGUCCACGUUGACCAAAUGCACCAGCACAAAGGUGGAAUUGAAUCUGCUCUGAAGGAGACCAAGGCAAGGGAGCGAUACCAGCAGGGAAACGGCGGAGUAACUGAAAGGACCCGGCUGCUGUCUGAGGUUACAGAAGAAUUAGAGAAGGUGAAGCAGGAGAUGGAAGAAAAGGGCAGCAGCAUGACUGACGGCGCUCCUUUGGUGAAAAUUAAACAGAGCUUAACCAAACUGAAACAAGAGACUGUUCAGAUGGACAUUAGAAUCGGUGUUGUGGAGCACACAUUACUGCAAUCAAAACUGAAGGAGAAAUCCAACAUGACGAGGGACAUGCAUGCUACAGUUAUUCCAGAACCUACAAUAGGCUCUUAUUAAAACAUAUUGUUUUCCAUGCUUUUGAUUUGUUGUUUUUUUAAUAUCAAGUUAUAUUUCAUGUUGCAUGGUUUUCAGAACACAAUUAUAUACCUCUUAAAGUAUGUUGAAUGGAUAUUUUUUACAUAUAUACACACGUAUUGUUUCAUGAUGAUUAUGGAUGGUUAAAGCCUUUAAAUUGAAUACAAUAUUUAAUAAAGUAAUUAAAAAUUCUCACUCUCAGAGAAGCUUACUAAUUAUUCCAUAUGUUAAAUUUCCCACCUGGUUGGCUCGUUUUUCUUUCUGUUCCUUGCACUAGCCAGUGUAUAUGACCCAUGCUCUCUGGAGGUGGUGUUCCUGCUGUCCCCAUGUAGACCUUUGACACGAGCCUGACCCUUCGCUUUGGUCCACCAGUGCGGUGACCCAAGUUUUUCUGCUCCUAGAAGAACCCAAGCCACCCAUGCCUCAGCUUUAGGGCUGCCUGAAAUAACAAUGUUAAAAACAAGCCUCAGCAAAAACUCAGUGUUCUUAUUUUCAUUCGAAGUUUAUUAUUUAUCAUGAGUUUUUCACAGCGUAUAAAAAAUCUAAAGCCACCUAAUAAGUAUAAAUAUUUCAAUCAUGUUUGACUCUGCUCCCAGAGUGAUGAAAGAGUAUGUACACAUCUCAGUUUUCCCUUUUGCUGUGGCUUCAGCGGUACAGAGGAGCCAUUUUGUAGGUGAAAGAAAGAUGAUCAAUCUUGGAAAGACCAGCCUCCCACUACUGACGACUGUAACAUACAUAGCUCACUCUCUACACUGGGCUUUCUGAAUUGGUGAAUUAAAUAAUAUUAGAGUGACCAGACUUAGCACUGAGGGAAGCUGGGCAGGGAAGCACAAACCAGGAGAUAGCUGACAUUUAUUUUAAAAAAGAAAAAAAAAAUUUUGGUGGCAAAGUUUUGAUAAGAAUCCUGUUAGGUAUAGAACGACAAAAGUAAUGAAUUCACUUUAUCAUAUUUUUACCUAAUACUUUUCUACCCUGAAUUUUUUUCUUAUAUCCCCAUAUACAUCUCUCUGUCUCUGUUUUCUCUUUCACACACACACAUCUUCCCCUCAAACUCUCUCUAGUUUUUUAGAUAAGAAAAAAUCAGUGUGUAUAAACUAUUACUCAAGAGAGUAGCAAUCAAUAGAAUGACAGAUAAGCUGGUUUAUUUGAUUUGUACUUCAAGAGGAAGAGAGAAGGGAAAAAAAAUGAAAUAAUAGGCAGUUCGACUACAUCUGAAAAUUUUCUUUUCCUUUAUUGUCAUUGAGAGGAGUCUAGUAGAAAGAGUGAAAGCUAACCUUCCCACAAGCUAAUGUUGAUUUGCUGCGGACUUAUUUGCAUAGGUAUUAUCAUGGCUGAGCAGUUUUCUGAUGAAUUCAGCAAUGCAGAGAACUUUAGGGUAAAUCAAAAAAAAAAAAAAAAAAUCAAAGCUCUCCAUAAAACAGCCUUUUGCUCAGAAGCAGAGUGUACGCUAUUUUGUGCAAACACACAGUAAUCUAAGAACUCUUCCAGUGAGUAAUAUGACCUGCCUAAUUUUGUUUCCUUCUGUGAAAUAGUCCAGUUUACUCAGGUUGGGCUGGGUGUCCCUCCUCUCUGCUCCCAUAGAACACCGUACACACCUCUAAUACAGAAGUUAUUACACUUCAUGAUAAUCAAUGCUCCUUUUUCUUCUGUCUUCCCUAAUAGAUUGAGCUGCUUUUGAAUAGGGACAAAGUCAUUCAUUUUCAUAUUCCUAGCCCAGCACCUAGCACAUUAAAAGCGUCCAGUAAAAAAUUUGAAUUACUAAGUGGAGGGAUAGAUGACUGGCAUUGUGCAAUUUAGGGGUCUCUUCUAGUGGCUUGUCUACAACACAGGAAUUUAAAGACUUCAAGCCUGUGAGCUUUGGCACAGUUUCAAGAUAGCAAUUAAAACUUACAGUCUUUUCUAUGGUUUUGAUUGAAAUUGAAGGCAUCAGUAUGAACUCGAGCAUUUUUUACACAUAACGUCGUUAGGUGCCAUCGACCUGGCUCGAACGCAUAGCGAUACUAUGUACGACAGAACGAAACGCUGCUCGGUCCUGUGCCAGCCUCACUGUUGUUGUUAUGCUUAAGCCCAUUGUUGCAAUCACUCUGCCAUUCCAUCUCACGGAGGUUCUUCCUCUUUUUCACUGACCCUGUACUUUACCAAGCAUGAUGUCCUUCUCCAGGGACUGAUCCCUCCUGACAACAUGUCCAAACUAUGUGAGAUGUACUCUGAUCAUCUGUGCCUCUAAGGAGCAUUCUGGUUGCACUUCUUCCAAGACAGGUUUCUUCAUUCUUUUGUCAGUCCACGGUAUAUUCAGUAUUCUUCGCCAACACCACAAUUCAAGGCGU